AUAAAUAAUAAAUAUCAUGCAACCGGCGACCGUUCUGAGAUGAUUAAUCUCAAAUUUACCUCCAUAGCUCGAUAAACUAUAAACAACUAACAAGUAAGUAAUGGCGGUGCGGUGCAUUUUGCAUGCAACAGCUUGUGCUAUACUACAAUAUUCCGAUUGCCGACAUUUGUGAAAUCAUAAUUCGUAUUGCAUUAUUGAUGUAUUGCGUAUUUAUGAUUUAAGUCCAAGUGAGACGAAAUCGAAUUUUGAAUUUUAACUACUUACAUGGAAUACCCACGUUCUUUGUUCAAGCAGUCUGAUUCCGGUUGGCCAGGCUGCUACCCAGACUCCAGAGUCCAGAAGAAUUUUUAAAAAUAGUGGAAUUACUGCUUAGUGCUUACGUCGUCGUCAUUGUGCUCACAUUCUGUCGAGGAACGUCAAUAUCAUUGUCUAAGAUCUGUUGAUAAUCUAUCCGCCAUUAACCAUCAUGUCUGAUGAUCUGUCCAGAAACUCCAGUGAAUAUGACCAUGAACCGAGUACUUCGGGUGUCGCCACACGCAACAGCAGUUCACCAGAAAUAAUUACUUUUUCUGCUAUCAACAGCCUAGAAAUAAAAAAUGACAACAUCCAAGAAAUUACAAGACGUAGUGUUACACCUUCAGAUAUUACCAAACCAAGUGGUUCAAAUAAGGAAAAAACUUCAAAAUCUGAUUUAAAUUCAUCCGGGAUAAAUGUAAGCUGUUCUGAACAAAAUAUUGUAAAGAGUCCAAUUGAUCUAAAAUCUUCCAUGUUAAAAAGUCUUUACUUGUCAAAUACUGUUAAAAUAGUUUCUAAAGAUGUUGUUAUUGCUGAUUGUAAUAAGGGUAAAAAAUCAAGAAAAGAAGGCAAUUCGAUUAAAAAAAAUACUCAAAAAGUUUCAAGUCUUGUAAUAAAUAAUGACGAUUCAAGUAGCAGAAUGGAAACUGAUGUUGACAUAGACAUAGUCAACAUGAAUAUAAAUUCUCCUAUUUGUAUCGAGGAAGAAUCUAAUGAUAGUUUGAAUUCCACUUCAACAACUAUUAUGGUUCCUAAUUUGGUGAUGUCAACUCCUGAAACUAACAAUAGAGUAAAAAGAAAUUCUAAUAAUUAUUUAUUACCUUCUACUUCUAACUGUGAUAUGUCACCUGGUAAAUCUCAAUCAGGAUCUAAAGAUACUGCAUGUAUAACAAUUCCAUCUAUUUUAGAAAUAGGUGAUCCAUCAUACAGUUUUAUAGUUUCUGAUUCCAAAAUACAAGAUUUUAUAAAAAAUGCAAAAAUGAUGGAACCAGAUGAUGCUGAUUAUGCUUUUGACCCGACAGAAAUAGAUGAAAUUAUUGAUCAUGAAGUAAUUUUGGGUACUCGUUACUACUUAGUGAAGUGGAAAAAAUGGUCUAAAGGAUUUAAUACAUGGGAACGUUUUGGUGCUUUGUAUAAGUCACAAAAACACCUACAUAAAUAUAUCAAAAAUCUUAAGACUGAUAAAGAUGUAAAUAGUUGUAAGCAUAUAAAUGGAAUAGAACUUAUGAUGUCCAGAAAAGUUAUUUCCAACUUGUUUGAUUUAUUCAGAACUGAGACUGGCUUAUCUCUGCCAGCAAUUUUACCUGAACAUAUAAUUGGUUUAUUUAAUUGCCUUGAUGUCGGUCCUACUCGAAGUCAAGCAUUACGAAUUAAAACCUUUCAAUCGUAUUUGACUACAAUCGCUUUGGGUUAUUUUAGACAACAACAAUUAAUCAAACUCAAACAGUGGGAAAUUGACAUUAAUGUAGUGACUCAAGGUUACCAAAUAAAAGUAGAAAAUAACAUGGACCUUGAAGGACCACCAGAUUUAUUUGUAUAUGUUUCGAAUUAUGUUCCCCAAAAAAACAUUAUUAUACCAGAUGAUCCUCCUAUUGGAUGUUCUUGUAGAAGAAAUUGUCAAUCUCCUGAAGAAUGUUGUUAUGAAAUGUCGGGUUGUUUAAAAGCAUAUGAUAAAAAUAAGAAUUUAGUGGUAGUUCCUGGUAGUCCAAUAUUUGAAUGCAAUAAAAAAUGUAGAUGCACAAAGUCUUGCACAAAUAGGGUGGUUCAACUUGGUAGCAAUGUGAAUAUUUGUAUUUAUAAGACAAGAAAAUAUGGCUGGGGCGUUAAAUCUGCCCAAAACAUUCAGAAAGGUCAAUUUGUAGGUAAAUAUAUUGGUGAAAUUAUCACAGUUAAAGAAUCUGAACAACGUUUAAGUAAAAGAACGUCUUCAUUGGAUAAUAUGUGGAACUUAGAUUUUAAUGAUCCACUGAAUUAUAAAUAUAUCAUUGAUGGUACACAUUAUGCCAAUUUCACAUAUUUUAUAAAUCACUCAUGUGAUGCCAACUUAAACGUUUAUGCUGUAUGGAUUAAUUGCCUUGAUAGAAAUCUUCCAGAGCUAGCCUUAUUUGCUAGUAGAGACAUUUUAGCUGGCGAACAACUUACAACUGAUUAUUUUUCUCGGAUUAGUGAAGAAAAUACUUUGAAGAAAAAUGGCACUAAAUGUCAAUGUGAUAUGAAAAACUGUCAAGGUUAUUAUUUUUAAUAGUACAAUUACAUGUUUAUUAUAAGGUUAUUUUAUAAAGCUACUCUUUAUACUUAUUAUAAGUUUAAU